UUUUCACCACUCCUUUUACAUCUCUUCCACAUCUCAGUAAAUAUGGCUCACCAUGCCAGACCUUCCAGAUCAGUCAAAAAGGAAGAGUUGUGCAAAAAGAGAACUAGCCAAGGCAAAAAGAAAUCUAGCCAAGUAAGAAAGAAAGCAACUUCCACAAGGAAGACUUCUACAAAGGCCAGGAAUUCUGAAAAAUGCAAGAAAGUGCAAGAAAAUGAUGUGAAGAAAAAGCAACAAGAAAGUAAACCAACUUUAAACUCAUCAGGUAGAUUUCUCAGGAGUACUGUAACUAGAGCGUUAUCUGAAACAUCUUGGGUAAAUUUGGAGAAAACUGAUAAUAAUCUCCUUCAAAACCAGGAUUCUUUAAAUUGCAAUGGCUUUACAAUGUCUCUGCGUAGCCGAUCAUUCUCACACAGUUUGUCCCAAGCUUCAGCAAUCACUAAAAACAAGACAGUUACAGCACCAAAAAGAUUAGAAACAAGGAAAGAAGGAACCUUAGCUGAAUUGGAAGAAAAAAACACUACUGAAGCAAGUGAAACAGUGUUGAAACCAGAUUUAGCACAAAAAGAAUUAACUCCUCUCGAAGGGGAGAAUGCUCUGUGUGUUGUCAAUGAAGAUCCCUCUGUUAAAUGUGAUAGUCAAGACAGAAAGAUUGUAAAGCCUGAAACAAAUGUCUCUACUUCAGACAGUCCAAUAAUUAGUCAAUAUUCAAAAGUGUUAGAGGGGGAAUAUGAAAGUGAAGACCUACCCCAUAAGCAGACAUCAAACGAACCCAACACAGGUAGUUUACAGGAACCUUUUGUUCAAAAUUCUGUGUCUGUUCUUCCAUCUUCUCAUUCUGACUCUGUAAUUACCCCUGAAUCAAACUCAGAGGUACAUUUAAGAGAUUCAUGCUCACUUACGGAAUCUUCUUUAAAGACUAUCUUCGAUUUGGUGCCUGCUGGUCAAGAAUGUGAUUCAAAUUGUGAUUCUGUUGUUUCAUCUGCAUCAAAUUCAGAAGGAUGUUUAGAAAAUUCAGCCACAUUUGUUGAAUCCCACAUGAAAACAGACUUGGAUUUAGUGCCUAUUGAAGAACACAGUUCAAAUUCUGUAUCUAUAAUUACCUCUGAAUUAAACUCAAAAGAAAAUUUAGAAGACCCAGGCUGUUUUGCAAAAUCACAUUUAAAGGUGGAUUUGGAGCCUGGAAAUAAAGAACCUUAUCCAACUUCUAACUCUGUAGGUACUACUGAAUCAAAUUCAAUUGCACAUUCAGAAGAUUCAAGCUUAUUUAUUAAAUCCCAGAUAAAAUCAGAUGUGGAUUUGGUGCCUACCAGCAAAGAACCAGAUUCAAAUUUUGGCCUGAGCUAUAAAAAAAAUUAUUUGGAAUCUGACACAAAAAAUGCGGCAGUUUGUGAUUCAUUUUCAAAUACCUCUUUAAAUAAUCACAUAACAGAGGAUGUUGAACCUGGCUCAGAUUUUGGCUUGAGCUGUAAAAAAGAUGAUUUGGAAUCUGACACAAAAAAUGUGACAGUUUGUGAUUCAUUUUCAAAUACCUCUUUAAAUAAUCAAGUAAUGGAGGAUGUUGAACAAUCCAUUGAAUGUAUCAAUGAAAAAAAAUUAGUUUUGGAUUUUGGUUAUAUUCCUAUUUCAUCAUCAAACACAGAAGAAAGUGCAGCAGAUUUAAUCCCUACAACCAUUCAAGCCUUCAAUGGAAGUUCUGGACAAUCCCCUAAAGGCUGUAUUUCACAGUUGUCCUCCGGCACAGGAAACUCCACUCUUCCCUCUGACAAAGACAUACAUAUAGAUAUACCAGCUGAUUUAGAGCUGCAACACAAAGUUUCUUCAUCACAAUCAGGAAAUAUUGGAAUAAACUUGAACUUGGUUCAGGACAACAGGAGUGACAUUAUCAGACCAGCUGAGGCCUCAGAUCCAUCCUCCUUUAUUAGCCCAGCUUAUGGUCACCAACUGUCAUAUUCAUCUUUGCUUCCUAUGCUAGAAAAGAAGAAACGAAGACGUUGUGGGGUGUGUGAACCCUGCCUGCGGAAAACCAAUUGUGAAGAAUGCAGCUGUUGCAGGAAACGUAAAACUAGUCACCGGAUAUGUAAAAAGAGAAAAUGUGAAGAACUGAAAAAGCCGCCACCACCAAUAACGCUACCUUUCGAGGUUCUGACUGAAAACAAAAGGCCUCAGAGGAGAAAGCAAAGAGUUCUCAAGGCGGAUUUAGAAAACAAACCAGUAAAUGGCCUCAGACCAGAACCCAUGGAAUGCAGUAUAUGUGGUCAUGGUGAAAAAUACAGGGUGAAAACAAGCCAAACACUGCCCUUUGAAAAUGUACAGUCUAAUGAAAAAGAAAGCAUGACAGGCUUAGAAGCAGAAAAGUGGACAAAUAAUGAGAAACCGUCUUUUGGUGUCCAUGUCAAUGGAGAUCUCCAUGGAACUGUGACAGGGAAUGAACACUUGAAAAAUUCUGAAGAAGGUGAAAAAACAGUCUCUCCCAGUGAGUUAGUUGAGCCAAAAAAGAUUUUUGCACAAACCAUCAGAAAUGGCCUCAAAAACAUACAUUAUUCACCAUCAGAAUCAGAUGCAUCACUGAAAAAAUUAACUGUAGAAGAAAGGGCAGAUUUGACAAACAGCUGCAGAGAAAACAACUCCCAUAAUACACACUGGACAAACACUGCUAAUUUGAAUAAUAUUGUGAACGCUUUGACAACAAGUGUUUGCUGUAUUCAUCCAGAAAAACAAGGAGGUGUUUUCAUGAGACAGAAAUCAAACUCUACCAGUAAAAUCUUUCAAAGUUCUGAUGAUAAUUCAGUUCUGCAAAGCAAUUCCAUUGAGGAUCCACAGGAAAGGGCAUGCUGUACCCCUGUGCCCGAAACAGUCCACGUAGAGAAAGAUGCAGUUAAAAUACCAAACAAAAAGACACAACAUGAAAAUUCCACACUUCAGCCAACUUUUUUGUCUCUGAUUAAAAACAGAAACUUAACUGUAGAACAAGUAGUAGCUAUUGAAGCAUUAACAAAAUUAUCAGAAGUCCCAUUAGAAGCUUCAACACCAACUAAAACAGAAAGUAUUGAUCAUGUAGAACAACAAACAACUUCCCAUCUACUCCACCAUUCCAAAACGGACAUUUCUUCUGCCUUGACAUCUUCUACGUUAAAGGAAAUCAAAGAUGCAUUUUUACAGAAUGAACAGCAGCUCUUGUCUCACCAUGCUGAUUCAGAGAAACAGUUCCUUAAUAAGGCAGUGUUGUACAAUGGCCAAAGUACUGUUUCAGAAUUGCAUAAUAAGUCUGCCAGUAAGAUUGAUGGGUUAUAUAAAUCUCAUUUAGGUCCCAGAGAUACUAAGCUUUUAUCUGUUUUAGCAACUAAUGCAAAAUCAUCUUCAGGACCUACUGCCAAGGAAAAAAACUCCCUCCAUGAAAAAGUUACCAUUGCUCCAUGUUCUAACAAGUCAUGUAAUAUCCAACAAAUGAGUAAUAAAUUGGAGAUUCUUGGCCAGUUAGAAAAGAAAGAUCAUAAGUAUGUGAACUUAAAAAGUAAUUCCAUAAUUAAGGAAGGAGGAAUUCACAGUCAGGAUGAAGAAGAUGUAGCUACACAAUUAACUCAACUUGCAGCAAUAAUUGAAUCAAACCAGACAAAUCCAGAACAGCAAAAUGAUGUAAAGACUUCACUUCUUAAUCUUAUAUCACAUGAGAUGCAACCAAAACAUAACCAAGAUCAAUACCUACUGCAGAAAAAACAAUCUGUAUUUAUAAAGCACAAUUAUAAUUCCUUGCUGGUAAAGCAAAAACAUCCGGCACAAAAAAAAGGAAAAAAUGCACCAUGGAAACAAAGACACAAAAAGAAGCCUCAAGAUACAGGCUAUCAGCAAAGUAAUGAAAAACAGCAAGAGCAGUCAGCAUGCCAGCAUAGUGAGUUGCAGGAUGUUUGGAUGUCAUCAAAACUGUGCGGACUUGGUCAAACCAUGUCACAGGAUUCAAAAAUUGCUGCAUCAGAAAAAAAAUCUCCCAGAACCAAAGUCCAGAAGGCACUAAAUCAAAGUACUUUAUCACAGCAAAAACAUAAAUUAUUUCUACCACAAACUCAGAUAAAAAUCCAUAGACCUUUACCUGAGGUACUACAGGAGAAAAAAAAAGACAGGCUGUUUGGCUGUGAAGUAGUAACUGAGCAAAUCAAAGCUGUAAGAUCCAAUGAUAUGUUAGGUAUGGAUCUACUGAAAAAUGACACUGUUGUUACCUGUUCACAGUAUGGUGAACUUGCUUCCAGUAAUCCAAUGGCUGCUUCACAAUUAAAAACAGAAUCCUGUUUGAAUAAACCAAGUGAAGACAUACAGAUGUUUACAGAAAAAGAUGAUAAUUCUCAGGUACAGCAAACAACGAAUGUCAUUCAGACACAUCCCUUGUCUCAGACACUUAAUCAGUCUAACCAGAGAGUUAGUGAAAUAUAUUGUGAAACCCAAGCAAAUUUUUCACAGAGUGCUAUAGGGCAAAAAGUGGAUCAGCACUUGCAAACACCACCUGUUACUUGUGCUGAAGCCCACUUACCAGAUGCAGUAGAACCUCUCAGGAAUAUAGAGUGUGCAGGUGAAGUUACAGUUCUGACAUCAACAAGUUUGGGUACUGAUAAGACACAAAGUAUAGGAGACUCAAGGUGUUCUCCAGCAAAGAAUACACUCAGCAGCUUUCUUGAAUCUCCUAUGAAGUUCCUGGACACGCCUACAAAAAAUUUAAUAGAUACUCCAACAAAAAAAGGACAGUCUGAAUUUCCAACCUGUGACUGUGUUGAGCAAAUUAUAGAGAAAGAUGAAGGCCCAUAUUAUACACACCUUGGGACAGGACCAAGCAUUGCUGCUGUCAGGGAAAUAAUGGAAAACAGGUAUGGAGCUAAAGGAAGUGCUGUAAGAAUAGAGGUAGUGGUUUAUACAGGGAAGGAAGGAAAAAGUUCUCAGGGGUGUCCAAUUGCCAAGUGGGUGAUACGAAGAAGCAGCGAUGAGGAAAAGUUGCUUUGCUUGGUACGUCAGCGUGCAGGACAUCACUGCCAAACUGCCGUCAUAGUGAUUCUGAUAUUGGCUUGGGAAGGGAUUCCUCAUCUUCUGGCUGACACAUUGUAUAAAGAACUGACUCAGAGUCUCCGAAAAUAUGGCUGUCCCACAAGCCGUAGAUGUGCAUUAAAUGAAGACCGUACUUGUGCAUGUCAAGGACUUGAUCCUGAAACUUGUGGAGCAUCAUUCUCAUUUGGCUGUUCGUGGAGUAUGUAUUUCAAUGGUUGUAAAUUUGCAAGAAGCAAGACCCCCAGGAAAUUUAGACUCCUCACAGAUGACCCUAAACAAGAAGAACUUCUUGAAAAUAAUUUGCAGAUGUUAGCCACCGAUGUGGCUCCCGUUUAUAAGAAACUUGCUCCUGAAGCUUUUCAGAAUCAGGUGGAAAAUGAACACAUGGGCCCAGACUGUCGACUUGGAUCUAAGGAUGGUAGGCCUUUCUCUGGCGUAACAGCUUGUAUAGAUUUCUGUGCCCAUGCCCAUAAGGACACACAUAACAUGCACAAUGGAAGCACAGUGGUUUGUACAUUGACAAAGGAAGAUAACCGUAAAGUGGGGGUGAUACCAAAUGAUGAACAGUUACAUGUGUUACCUCUUUACAAAAUUUCACAAACAGAUGAAUUUGGCACAGAGGAGGGAUUGCAAGCCAAGAUAAAAGCUGGAGCAAUACAGGUGCUUACAGCUUUUCCCAGAGAAGUACGAAUGUUGGCAGAGCCACUUAGAGCUACAAAGAAAAAGAAACCAGAUACAAGGAGAACACCAGCUGAAAAACAGGUAUUAGUGGAAAAGAAAUAUUCAGCACCAUUAAAGAUGAAAAAUGAAGCCCCUGAAAAUCUCAGUAACACUUCACAUUAUUUAGGGAACAAAACUGGUGCUUUGCAACCUGGAAUAAAAAUGGGGAGUUCAGAUCACCUUUAUGCCAUGAAAAAUGCUUCAAACACUACUAUAUUGAAACAAUAUACUGCUUCUUCCCCUUUUAAGGUGGAUAGUUUACAUCCUUAUUCAGCAUUAACACACAAGCCUAGUAUAACAACAGUGGCUAAUAUUCAACCAGAUUUUUCAGUUCCCUACGGGUAUUUUGAAUGCAGUAGUAAGCAACCUCAUGUGACACCUUAUAUUAAUUGUAAGAACUUUGAUGUAUCAGUCAAAGAUUAUACUGGAAUUCUGCUUAAUGAUAAAAUGAAUGGUGUGCCGCCAAUUCUUCCAGAAGUCACUGUUUCAGACCACGUAACCCAUAAAGACCCCCUUCACAGCGUACUUGAACAGCAGCCGGACAACAAGCAAAACUGUCUGCCUCAGUUAGAAAACUCUCCCCCUUCAGAGUUGAUCAGCUCUUGCAAUUUGUCAGUAAACUCUCCAGCAAAGGACAUAAUAAAAAAGGAAGCUAACUGUUCUCAUGAAUGUCCAAAGGAAAAAGGUGGAUCUGAUCAAGAACAGAUAUGUGAUUUUGAAGCUAUUGAUGAAAAGCGAAAUAAUGGGCUAAGAGAACCAACAGAUUCUGAAGAAAAAACUGAGGAACUGUGGUCAGACAGUGAGCACAAUUUUUUGGAUGAUGACAUUGGUGGUGUUGCUGUGGCACCUUCUCAUGGUUCUAUUUUAAUUGAAUGUGCAAGACGUGAACUCCACGCCACUACACCAAUUAAAAAACCAAACCGCAAUCAUCCCACACGGAUCUCCUUAGUUUUCUAUCAGCAUAAAAAUUUAAAUGAGCCAAAACAUGGAUUAGCUAUGUGGGAAGCAAAGAUGGCUGAGAGGGCAAAAGAGAAGGAAAAAGAAGCAGAAAAAUUAGGGACUGAAAAUGCUGAACUAAAUUCUAACAGCAGGAAAACAAAGCAAACCAGUGAAACUAGAGAGAUUUUCUAUGAAGAAAAUGAGUUAAACCAAAUUCCAUCACGCAGAGCAUUAACAGUAACUAAAGAUAAUAUAAUAACAGUGUCUUCUUAUGCCCUCACUCGAGUUGCAGGGCCUUAUAAUCAUUGGGCAUAGGUUUAGUAGCAAAUGCCUUGCCUUGGUGCAGUGUUAUACAGUAUUUCUUUAAGGUGCUGUUAAAGAACAAGUCUUAUGUAGUUUACUAUUUGUUCAUCUCAACCAUUUUAAGGCUGAGGUAAAAAUGGGGAUUUUUCUUAAACUGUGACUUUAACAUUUGGUGGUGCUUGAGCACAUUUUAAGCAAAAAAAGUUGUAUAGUUUUAAUACAUUCUAAAAUGAUUUGGGUUAGGUUAUUAACCUCGAUUGACUCAUUCAAUUUAUUACCUUUAGGAAUUUAUAUUUUGGUGCUUUAAAUCAAGUCUGUUUACUACAAAAGAAAUCAUUUGUAGGGAUUUUAACAGGUUCACAUUUUAUGAUAUAAAAUCAAGUUAUACACUGAUAGCUCUACACAGCUCUUGGUGCUUGACCACAUCAAACAGUUAACAUAAUAAGCUGAAUUAUUACUUCAUGGUGCCAUUGCUCUAACAACUUCCAAUCACUGCUAUAAAAUCCAAAUGACAAAUAUUUUAAAAGAACCAAUGGAAGAAUGUUGUCUGCAUAGAUUUAUCAUUACAUAAAUAUGAAGGUAUCCAUAGUGAUGGCUGGAAGUUGUUUGUAAGCUGUAAAUAUAUAUUUAAAAGCACUUUCUAUUUUUAAAAUUAACUUGAAAUAGUAUAGUAUAAGAAUCAUAUUGUCUAAGGUUUGUGCAUACUCUACAGAAGAAAUCAUUUUAUUCUUGCUGUGUAGAGUUCCAUAGUAUUACAAUUGCAAUAUAUAUGCUAAUAGCAUAUGUGAUUGUUUUUAGGCUUGCCCUUUUUCACUGAAAAUUUUAUGUCACAUAAACACAUAAGAGUAAUAAAAUGCAGAAGCAUUUAAUUAUUUACACAUAUGAAAUUAAGAAACAUCUUGUCAAUAUGUGUGUUGCUAUUGGGAAUUAUGUAAUGAAUGUUAUUUGUUGUUUUUUGAAGACAGAUUUUAUUAUGAUUUAUUUGAGCAAUAAGCGCAUACGUCUCAUUCAUCUGGAGCAUUGCAAGUUUUAUGAUCCAACCAAAUGUUCCUAAUGCCUCAGGGGUAGGAUUGUUUUGGGAUAAAAAAAAAUACCCCCUAGAGUUGCCUUAUUCUGUUCUGAAAAAAAAAUACAUGUGGGGAAAAAGAAGUCAGCAUUGGAAAAUUAAAACAAUAUUCUAAUAUCAAAUGUUUAACAACAAAUUUUAGUUGGUAAUACCCUUCCAGAAUGUUCACCAGCCACUAGGAAUGCUUCCUCAUUUCAAAUAUAUUUUUAAAGAAUGUCUUGUUUUAUUUUGAACACUGAUCCAUACAUUUUAUAUGGAAUUGUAUUAAAUACAAACAUUUGAAUUCAUGUUCUCCAUUUGAGUUGGAAAAGUGACAUAUGACAAACAAAUACAGUUAUAUUUUGCUAAACAAGAGGAAAAGCAGACACUCCAUUCAUUAAGUACUGUAGCAUCUGACCCUUCUCUUUCCAGUUCUCCUUUUCUCAUUUCUUUUUGCAGUUUAUUAUUCAACUUAUUUAUUAUUCAUCUUAUUACCAAACAAAAAACUUAGCUAAGUGAGGACCUCAACCUGCAGCUGUUAUUUAUGAAAGCAGUUCUUACUUUAGCAGUCACACUGCAGUCAGUGAAACUACUCAAGUAAGGACUACUCUUGGGAAUAAGCGUUGUGGGUUUAGGUCUUGGCAGUGAAGCUCCACAUUUAUCAUGCUUGUGAAUUCUCACAGAAUAUAUAACCACACAGGUUAUGUAACUGAGAUUAAGUUUUUCCAAUGAAAAUGUAUACCAGUAAUAUACUUGAUAUUAUAAUGUAUUGGUGCUGUAAUAAAAUUAAUCUGAAAUGUCUAGAUCCAUUUUAUCUAAAACCUAGACAAGGUGCUUUUUUCUCAAAAAGUUCUACCAUAAUUGUUAUAUUUACAGUUUUGGUGCAAAACAUAUGUGAAUUUUAUUUUUUUUAUAGACAGUGCCAACUAAGGUCCUGAUCUAGUGAGCAGUUAUACAUGGGAGUAGUUUAGUGAGUUCAGUUUGACUGCUCUUUGAUGUACAUUUAUACACCUGCAGCGUCUGCUGGAUUAAGGCCUAAAGUUGUAAUCACUGUGUAAUGACCUUGGGUGCAACCCUGCAGUCCUCAUGCAAACUGCUUAUUGAAAUUAAGAAUUUUGGUGGCACACGGACAGCAGAAUUGGACCCAUUCUUUGUAUCUUACCUAUUUUAAUUUAAACUUGUAAAAACCCCAUAUGCUGCAAAUUUUAGUUCAAAGCUUGUUAUUUGUUCAAAUAGAGGAUAUGAAGGGAUUGUAAAUAAAACAAAGUCAAUAUUAUGCCGUCA